GGCGAGCGGCGGCAGGAGGCGGCGGCGCUGGGCGGCGCCGAGGCCCAGGGGCCGCCGGAGCCAGCGGGAGCCCGUGCCCAUCGUCUCCCCUCGCCCCCCACGCUGUCGCCGGCAUCGGUCCCAGCGGCGCGGAGAGAAAGGUCCCAAAGAUGGCAUAGUGAUGAAGGCACCUUCCAAUGAUCGGAACGUCUUUACCUGAGGGUGCCUUCCUGGGCCCGUGGCAUCGUGUUUAGCCAAAGGAACUUGUCUACCACUUUCCGGAAAACGUCUUUCUCUCCUAAUUCAUGAGCCAGCAGGAUGCGGUCGCUGCGCUUUCAGAACGCCUGCUCAUAGCUGCAUACAAAGGCCAGGCGGAGAAUGUGGUUCAGCUCAUCAACAAGGGUGCCAAGGUAGCGGUUACCAAGCAUGGCCGGACCCCCCUGCAUCUUGCUGCCAAUAAGGGCCAUCUUUCUGUGGUCCAGAUCUUGCUGAAGGCUGGCUGUGACCUCGAUGUCCAGGACGAUGGGGAUCAGACCGCCUUGCACCGGGCCACAGUGGUGGGGAACACCGAGGUCAUCGCGGCGCUCAUCCAGGAGGGCUGUGCGCUGGACCGACAGGACAAGGACGGGAACACGGCCCUGCACGAAGCGUCCUGGCACGGUUUCAGCCAGUCUGCCAAGCUGCUCGUUAAAGCAGGAGCCAACGUGCUUGCCAAGAACAAGGCGGGGAACACGGCUCUGCACCUGGCCUGCCAGAAUAGCCACGCCCAGAGCACACGCGUCCUCCUGCUGGGCGGCUCCCGCGCAGACCUCAAAAAUAACGCAGGCGACACCUGUUUGCACGUUGCUGCGCGCUAUAAUCACUUGUCCAUCAUUAAGCUCCUCCUCAGUGCUUUCUGUUCUGUCCAUGAAAAGAAUCAGGCUGGAGACACAGCACUUCACAUUGCUGCUGCCCUGAAUCACAAGAAGGUGGUUAAAAUCCUAUUGGAAGCCGGAGCAGAUGGGACCAUUGUCAAUAACGCAGGCCGGACUCCACUGGAGACUGCCCGCUACCACAAUAAUCCGGAAGUUGCUCUCCUCCUCACUAAAGCGCCCCAGGUCUUGCGCUUCAGUCGUGGGCGAAGCCUGAGGAAAAAGAGAGAGAGGCUCAAGGAAGAGAGGAGAGCUCAGUCUGUGCCGAGAGAUGAUGUGGCACAAAGCAAGGGAAGUGUCUCAGCAGGAGACACCCAUAGCAGUGAACAGGCUGUACCCAGAAAAGAAGAGUCCAGAGAAGAUUUCCUGUCCGCCUCCCCGGAGCCCAGAGCAAAGGACAACAGGCAGAAAAAGUCAAGGGCCAAGGCGUCAGCGUUUUCUGACCCCACCCCACCAGCAGACCAGCAGCCUGGACAGCAGAAGAGCUCACACACUCACAGUCACCCUAAAAAGAGGCCCAGGCAUCGCUGUUCGCCCCCAGCCGCCCCCCACGAGUUCAGAGCGUACCAGCUCUACACGCUGUACCGGGGCAAGGACGGCAAAGUGAUGCAGGCACCAAUAAAUGGCUGUCGAUGUGAACCCCUGAUUAACAAGCUGGAGAAUCAGUUGGAGGCAACGGUGGAGGAGAUCAAAGCAGAGCUGGUGUCGGUUCAGGAUAAGAUGAACACGAAGCUGGGGCACAUGGAGAAUAAGACCCAGCACCAAAUGCGGGUUCUGGACAAGCUGAUGGCUGAGCGACUCUCGGCAGAGAGGACGGAGUGCCUGAACCGCCUGCAGCAGCACUCGGACUCAGAGAAGCAUGAGGGAGAGAAACGGCAGAUGUCCUUGGUGGAUGAAUUAAAAACUUGGUGCAUGUUAAAGAUUCAGAAUCUGGAGCUGAAGCUUUCUGGAGAUUCUAGGGCCUCCAGGACUAAAUCCACACCAUCCACUUGCGAGUCCUACACAGGUGUAGAUCAGUCAGUGGUGACCGCAGGUCCAGCAGCAGCCUCUGACAGCCCCCCUCAGGUGGUCAGGCCCAAGGAAAAGGCCCUCAGCUCCACAGCCGCCCACAGACUCCAGCAGGAGCUGUCUUCUUUGGACUGUACGGGCUCCCGACUGAGGAAUGUCAAGGUCCAGACAGCCUCGUUACCCUCGAAAGAGGCAGCCAAAUGCGACCCGCAGGCUGGGCCCUGUGUUGACAGAGGCACCCAAACCAAGAAGUCUGGGAAGAGUGGGCAGACGAGGCACCGCGGGCAGCCGCCACCAGCAGCAGGGGGCGAGCAGACUGCCCCUCACACUCGAGACACCUCCCAAGCGCUGGAGCUCACCCAGUAUUUCUUUGAGGCUGUUUCCACCCAGAUGGAAAAGUGGUAUGAAAGGAAGAUUGAAGAAGCACGAAGCCAAGCCAGUCAGAAAGCCCAGCAAGACAAGGCCACGCUGGAGGAACACAUUAAAAGUUUAGAGGAGGAACUUGCUAAACUAAGGACUAAGGUACAGAAGGAAAACUAGGGCCUGGGAAGUGGG